UGCCUCCACUUAAGCUGCCAGGAGGGGUGUGGCCUCCCCAGCCCCGCCCCUCAGCACUCUGCAUCCAGCAGAGAAACCCGGGUCACAUAGGCCUGAAGCCAGACAGAGAAUACAUCUGGGUGGGAUAGACUCUUGGCUAGAGAGAUGCUGUAGGAAGCACAGCUUAGAGCCGCCCUCGAGGAAGUCUGAGGGGAGGAAGUGGUGAUGAUGUGCUCAGAGCCCAGUGAACAGGGUGCAGAAGUUAUGGCCACAUGGCCCCACUCUCCUCAGGUGGAAAGGCCUUCUGUGUGGUCUAUGCAGCCCUUGGGCUGCCAGCCUCUCUAGCACUUGUGGCUGCCCUGCGCCACUGCUUGCUGCCUGUGUUCAGUCGCCCAGGUGACUGGGUAGCCAUUCGCUGGCAGCUGGCACCAGCUCAGGCUGCUCUGCUACAGGCAGCAGGACUGGGCCUCCUGGUGGCCUGUGUCUUCAUGCUGCUGCCAGCACUGGUGCUGUGGGGUGUACAGGGUGACUGCAGCCUGCUAGAAGCCAUCUACUUCUGUUUCGGCUCACUCAGCACGAUCGGCCUAGGAGACUUGCUGCCUGCCCAUGGACGUGGCCUGCACCCAGCCAUUUACCACCUUGGGCAGUUUGCACUUCUUGGUUACUUGCUCCUGGGGCUCCUGGCCAUGUUGUUAGCAGUAGAGACCUUCUCAGAGCUGCCUCAGGUCCGUGCCAUGGUGAAAUUCUUUGGGCCCAGUGGCUCUAGAACCGAUGAAGAUCAAGAUGGCAUCCUAGGCCAAGAUGAGCUGGCUCUGAGCACUGUGCUGCCUGACGCCCCAGUCUUGGGACCAACCACCCCAGCCUCAGUAUCAGAACAUCAGAACAGACCCCAGCCUGCUGACCCCAGUCAGGCGACAGGAAGUCAGCUCGAUCGUGUUGGGGGACCUGAGCGGGAGGCACCAAGGAGUGCUUGAAGAACAUAGCAGGAAGGGGUUAUGGGAAUGAAUAUGUCAUGGGAUAAUGUUAAUUUUAAAAAUUAAAUGGGCUGCUUAGCAUGCACCAAGCGACUCUGGGCUAAAUCUUCUAGCACUAGGAAAAAUAUUCAACUGUGUGAGUAUGUGUAUGUCAAACAAAAAAAACAAAAAACAAAAAACAAAAAAUUCUAGUGGGGGUGGUAAACUCAGGCAUGGAGGCAUGGAGCGUGUUUGGAGGUCAAAGGACAACUUUGUGGAGUUGGUGCAUUCCUUCCACCUUUGGGAGGCCCCAGGGAUCGAACUCAGAUCCUCAAGCUUGCUCAACAAUGUUUUUUAUCUACUGAGCAAUCUUUUUUUUUAAAGAUUUAUUUAUUUAUUUUAUGUAUGUAAGUACACUGUAGCUGUCUUCAGACACACCAGAAUAGGGCAUCGGAUCCCAUUACAGAUGGUUGUGAGCCACCAUGUGACUGCUGAGAAUUGAACUCAGGACCUCUGGAAGAGCAGUCAGUGCUCUUAACUGCUGAGCCAUCUCUCCACCCCUACUGAGCUAUCUUAAUGACCCAUUUCAAUAGUUUUUUUCUUUAGAACAACAUCACUGAGUUUGAGGACAGCCUGGUCUACAGAGUGAGUUGCAGGAUAGAUAAGGCCGUACAGAGAAACCCUGUCUCAAAAACAAAAGCAAACAAACAUGAGAGCAAUGUAAAUGAGACCAGCCUUGAACUCACAGAGAUCUGCCUCUCUCGCACCACCAACAUAGCUGAGACUGGCCUGGAACUCUUGAUCCUUCGUCCUCCAGCAUCACCCCAAAUACUGGAUUGAAAGGUUUUAUAGGUGUACACCACCACACUUGUGUUUUCAGAUUUUCUUUCAAAAUGGGCUUUCCCUCUGGCCUCCAUCCUUGGAAGGUCACAU